UCUCUCACCACCAGGGAAAGUCGACUAAGAAGUACGAGUAGCAACACUUCCUCUCCCUCUUCCCUCCCAUUCUCCUCGAAUUCCACCCCAUACAGUCGCUUUCGAACUACCUUAUCUUUCGCCAUCCUCCACAAUGCGCUCGUUCUUUCGCGGCCUCAUCCUGGCCCUGCCCCUUGCAGCCACUGUCGUUUGUGACGAACCCAAUUCCCCGACCAAAGAAAUCAACUCUAUCUACCACAAUGCGCAUGAGGCUUUUCAAGAUCUGUUGAAUGCUCUUCCUGAAGAGUCUCUCCACGCCGCGCUCAACUCUCUCGGGAAAUUCAAGGACGGCGUCUUCCAGUCCGACCGACAUGGCGUCGAGCGGGUACAUAUUGAUAAUCCUCCUCUGGCGACCAAACUGAUCGUGGAUGCCAUUCAGGACUUGAGAAAGAGGCAAAACCCUCCUCCCGCACCCUCUAACGGCACAGAACCGUCCACUCCUCCCCCAUCGUCUCCUACCGCGCCGGAUGAGCCUAACCAGACCCCUUCCCAGACUCCUACACAAACCCCCGACGAGACUCCCGUCCAGACUCCCAGCACUCCUCCUCCCAGCAGCAACCCUCCUCCUCCCACGCAGGAUUCCACUCCACCCCCGAGCCAGCCCCCGACUACCAAUUCUCCGCCUCCUCCACCCUCAAGCAGUCAGGAAUCGGCUGUCAUUGUACCCGUUCCCAUCACCCAGACCGACUCGGCUGGUCAGCCUACGGUUAUCUCUUCUGCCAUUCUGAGCCAGCCAACUGCGUCCGUUGUAGUCCCCGUUACCCGUACCAACGAACAGGGCCAGACCCAGGUCGUAUCCGAGUCUAGGCCUGCUGUCAUAUUCACUGCUACCGACACAGCUGGGCAGCCUUUCGUUACAACUUCUGCCGUGGAUUUCGCACCCACCAAGGGACAAGUCUUGACUAGGACCAACUCUCGGGGUAGCACCUUCUUGACUACAUACACCCCAGAUGGCGGCAAGGUCUCUUCUAUCGUUCUCAUCACGACUACGGGCGAUAACGGACAGCCAAGCGUUGUCACCAGCUACACUUUCGUGGACCCGGCUGCUUCGCAAACCAACGGGGAACAACCCACAGGAACACAGUCCGGAAACCCUCGCCUCCAGUCCAAGGGUGCCGCGGGCCAGAACAAGGCCAUGGGAGCUGCAUUCGUAGGUCUUCUUGCAUUUUUGGCAUAGGCCAAUACGUGCAAGAUGGUUGUCGCAAGCGAGAGUCCGUCUCGGUGGAGUUCAAGACUCUUCCCUGUUGGCGCCCAUUCUUUUUAUGCCGCGUAGUCGGUGUCGAUAUUUUCCCCUUCGUGUACAUGACAUUUGAGGGCAUAUC